AUGUCAGGACUGAAUCUACGCCUCGAGCUAGAAGAGGAGGAGCUCAAUCAGGAGGUCGGGGGGUAUAAGCCUCGAGAGGCAGUUAGCAUUCUUACGCGGUGCCUGGACUCCGAUGAAAAUUUCUCGGUGCGCGAAGCAUUCUUGCACUUAUAUGCAAUGCUUCCAGAGCGAGAAAUGCAGAUUUCCUAUGGGGACAUUCCAAUCUCGCGGCCAGAACUGAACCUCGGUGGUCUGCUCUUGGAUGCAGGCAGGCAGAUACCAUACUCACACCCGGCGCAGGGGAAGCUCGUAAAACUUGUUCAAAACCUGGGCAGGUGUGACAAAUUUACCAAGCUCAUUGGCAUGCCAGGCUAUGCUUUCUACGAUGGCAUGACAGAGUUCAAAAGGGAGUGCCAUCGAAUUGGUGCAGCAACCUGGGACACUGACGCUGAGGCCGAGCAACUGGUCAAUCUUUGUGCCUUCCAAGGCCGCCUCGCAUCUGCUGGCUUCUUGAAUCCGCGUGAGCUGAUGAUUUGGUGGAUGAGAGAUACAUUAGAACGGCCCGCAACGAGUUACGCAUGGUCUACGCUUGUCAUGGGCUCAGCGCUCUGGAUUAGAUACGGCGCAAGCUUUCUUUUUCAAACAAUGGUCCUCGAUCCAGAGCCUGAGGCUCAGUAUAAUCAAAUACUCGGGACGUACGAGCUGUACGAUGGUCCAGUAUUUGGGCUGGAGCGCUGGAACUUCUGGCAAAGAAGGUUCGCGGAGAUUUCGAUAUCUGAGCCAUAUGUCGUCAAUGACGAGGCUCGACAGCUCGCGGCUGAUGCAGCAGACUACAUGGCAGCUCUGGCGCGUACAGUCCUUGCUCAUGCGUGA